AUGACAUUAUUAACUGCGGAAAGAUUGGUUAGAUUGGCUUACAAAUAUCCAAGUUUAUCUAACACCUGGUACUUAAUUGCCACUGCUUGUUUAACAGUCAUAAAUCAACCUGAUGAAAUCCCCAAAUUGUAUCAUUUUGCCUUGCGUCAACAGUUAUUACAAGACCCUAAGUCGUCAUCUUCUUCCACCUCGUUAUUAACUGAUAAACAUUUGAUUCAACUAGCCAAAGAUUCAAUUGACUCGGCAAAAAAAUAUCAAGAUUUGACUGCUGUGGGGAUAAAUUUACCUGAUGUUUUAAUUCCCAGCACGUAUUAUCAAGAUUUACCAUUAGAUUUCAAAUUUUCGAAAAAUGAAGAUAUUUUCCAUUUUCAAGAUAAAUUGACCGCUAGAUUCAGAGAAGUGAUUUUGAAAAGUAUUGCAUUAGUUGGAUUACCCAAAGUAAUCAAUUCUUUAAUGGUUUUAAAAACUGUCACUCCUACAAAUUUGAAAGCAGGAAAUAUUCCUGAACGUCCUUGUAUUGUUAAUCCUGGUCAUAUUCCUUCUGCUUCUAUUUUAAGUGAAGAUGUAAAUGGAACAAGAUUUGACGAUACCAAAGAAAACUUGGUAUCAGUAGACACUAUUGAUGGACCAAUAUCUCAAUCCUCCAUCAAUACUAAACAAAUUCAAUCUGAUUUAAUUCGUGGAUCUAAUUUUUGGAAUUCAGUUUAUCGAAACAAAAUUAACACCAGGAUUAAAAACCAAAUGUUUACUGCUUAUCCUGAUUUAUGGUAUUUUGCAUAUCAUCAUGUUUAUUCACCAUUAUUGAGUUUUACCGAUAUUAUCAGUGCUAAAGAAACUUCAAUGUGUGUUGUUGCUUGCUUGAUUCCACAGGAUGUCAAUCCACAAUUAAAAGGACAUUUGAAAGGGGCAUUGAACAAUGGAGGUACCAAGGAAGAAUUAAAUGAUGUUAGAUCAUUAGUGUUUGAUCUUUGUGAUUGGAAAGGAGGGAUUACUUGGAAGGGUGGUAAAGAAGGUGUUGCAAAAUUAUAA